AUGGCCAACCUCUUAGGCUGGAAAGAUAUCCUGCGGCCCAUACGAGACGGAUACCGCCAUCUUUUUCCCGCGCCAGACACUGGCCCGACGCCAGAAGAGCGUCGCCAGCAGCGCGAGAAAGACCGACUGCAGGGCUUUACCUACUUCAACACCUUUCAUCAGUUAGAAACAUGGACAAGAUUUGAGUCUGAUCCUCUUCAGAGAGCAAACACGCCGCUAUUACGACGACGAUCGAUAGAAAGAAAAGAUGACACAGCCAAAGCAGACGUCCUGUUGAUUCAUGAUUACGGCGGUAACUACCAUACUUACGAAAGCUUUCAGGGAAUCGGCAUUGAGGAAGAGAUGUAUACUUGUGAAUACCUUCAAUAUGUUGAUACGUUCAUAUACUUCUCUCACAAACUUGUGUGUGUUCCGCCACCUACGUGGACGAAUACACUCCACCGCAAUGGUGUGUUGUCUCUCGGUACCAUUCUCAUUGAACCACAGACAGAGAGCUCAGGGAGAUUACUGCAACAUACAAAGGACAGCAGUGGAAUGGUUUUCCCGAUGGUGAAGAUACUAAGUGACAUUGCCCAGCACUAUGGCUUCGAUGGCUGGCUUUUAAACGUCGAAAAGCCGUUCCCAAAGGCCGACUGGAAUUCGGAGAUCCUAGAGAUGUUCAUCUGCCACCUGAGAGGUGCAUUGGGAAUAGGAACGCGGCUCAUAUGGUACGAUGCUUUGACUCUUUCCAACACGGUAUCCUACCAAAACGCUCUGAACAGCUCGAACAUCGCAUUCGCAAGUGACAGCGGCAGCAUGCUCACGAAUUAUUGCUGGACAGAGGCCGAUGUCGAGAGAUCUAAACAAGUCGCCGUGUAUAACAUGCUUCCGCUUCAAAACAUAUCUUUUGGCAUCGAUGUAUGGGCGCAAAACACGUCUAAACUAACCCAUCCACGAGUCACAUACCCUGAGAAGGGUGGUGGGGGUACAAACACGGGAGUUGCUGUUUCUAAGCUAGCUGAGUUGGGGUUUUCUGCUGGUAUUUUCGCACCAGCAUGGUCAUUUGAGCAUUUUCCCGAUCGAGGUCGAGCAGUCGAGCGAGCAAUUUGGGAGGGUUCUACUCUCCCCCAAGAUCUUGAUUGCUCAUGUGGGCACCGCAGUACGCGCCAUCAGCCCAACCUAGAGUCUCCGAUCAUCCGGUCUGCGAGUGAGUUUGCUGCCGGCUCGGAGGCCUUCUUCUAUACGGACUUUAGUCGCGCCUUUGGUAAGCACGAGAUUGAGCAAAACGACGUCUUUGGCGGCCAUGACAUGCACGCACAGCUCGGGGCCCAGUCCAUUUCUCCGCGCCCUUCAACAUCGGAGUAUGGCAAUCAAACCAUCGGCCUUGCACAUCAAUUAGUAUAUUCACUAGGUCGAACACGGCUGGUGAUUGAAGCGUAUCGAAAAUCCUCCACCACUGACGAUGCUCAAAUUGAGCUCUGGCUCCCUCUCUACAAACUUGACAUGCCAGCCAAUGGGUCUUUACACCUCAAGGCUUCCUGUCGAAAUCUACUAGGCUCGACGACGGGCGCUAUGAUUAGCUACUACCUCCGGUCCACUAGUGGUCUCCAGUUUCUACCUGUCCCCGAAAGCGAUGGCAUCCAGUCUCUCGGAAUGGCCGUUGGUAGGACUAACCAUCACAUAACGAACGUUCACCUACAAGAGCUAGGCUUCUAUAUACGGGGCUCCAUCGGCAGAUUUGGAGAAGUCGUACAGCUUCUUGAAGUCUUCGAAGUCUGCAUUCUGCCGCGGUCCGCACUUGGAACUGUAAAGUCGUGCAGUAUCAGCGACGUACGCAUUGAGCAUCGCGGAGAGCGUCAGAGUAAGCACGCCCGGUUGUGCUGGAGCUUCGAUAGCAUGAACGAAACCGAGUCGGCAAUCGAAGGGAUGCCUUAUAGCGAGAUUACGGGUCCUUUUUCGUACUUCAACAUCCGACUUGAUGGUUUGCAACUAAGCAGAGCGUAUGCUUUAGAAUUUCCCCUCCCUCGAGGCUUGGUGGAGCGCCUGAAAGAUCAAGAUGUGGAAGUGUGGAUCACAGGGAUCGGAUUUGACGGCCAGGAGCUAGCGGAGAACAAGGUCGCGCUUUCCGUUUGA